UCACGGAGUGUGGACGUUACCGCCGCGCUCCGUCACCCUCCUCCCUGGAGCCGUAGCCUAUCUUGCUCCACCACGCUGUUAUCAGUUCCUGUACAGUGUCAACAGGAAAACCGUGUCCUCCCUGCCACACCCGUCCAUGAUAACAAUGCUAUACGGAUCCUAGAUAGCACCGGAACACCACUAAAACGUGAUUAUAAAGCCUAUCCCGUAGGCUGUAAAUUGUCCGUUGUGAGGUGGUUGGGUGGUGGUGGGUAGUUAGCGUGGCACCCUGACCCGCCCCGUGCCAGGCACUUGCUUAUCGACAAACGUAUAGUAUGAAUAAGUGAUGCACUGAAUGGCACUCAUUCACUCUGGCCACAACCCGGCAGGGUGACGACUGUCGUGAGUGCCAGACUGUCCUGUCAGUGCCAGACUGUCCUGUCAGUGCCAGACUGUCCUGUCAGUGCCAGACUGUCCUGUCAGUGCCAGACUGUCCUGUCAGUGCCAGAUUGUCCUGUCAGUGCCAGACUGUCUCGUGAGUGCCAGACUGUCCUGUCAGUGCCAGACUGUCCUGUCAGUGCCAGACUGUCCUGUCAGUGCCAGACUGUUCUGUCAGUGCCAGACUGUCCUGUCAGUACCAGACUGUCCUGUCAGUGCCAGACUGUCCUGUCAGUGCCAGACUGUCCUGUCAGUGCCAGACUGUCCUGUCAGUGCCAGACUGUCCUAUCAGUACCAGACUGUCCUGUCAGUGCCAGACUGUCCUGUCAGUGCCAGACUGUCCUGUCAGUACCAGACUGUCCUGUCAGUGCCAGACUGUCCCGUCAGUGCCAGACUGUCCUGUCAGUGCCAGACUGUCCUGUCAGUGCCAGACUGUCCUGUCAGUGCCAGACUGUCCUGUCAGUACCAGACUGUCCCGUCAGUGCCAGACUGUCCUGUCAGUGCCAGACUGUCCCGUGAGUGCCAGACAGUCUUGUGAGUACCAGACAGUCUCGUGAGUGCCAGACUGUCCUCCCGUGAGUGCCAGACUGUCCCGUGAGUGCCAGACAGUCUCGUGAGUGCCAGACUGUCCUCCCGUGAGUGCCAGACUGUCCCGUGAGUGCCAGACUGUCCCGUGAGUGCCAGUCUCGUGAGUGCCAGACUCGUGAGUGCCACAAGAGGUGCCAGGUGGCACAAUGUGCUCCAUCUUCACCAACAAAUAUCCAGGCCAGGUGGUGGUGAUGUAGUGUGAGCAGGCGCCAGGGUGGGCGCUGGGGCAGCGAUGCCAGCCGCGCGCUCCUCCUUCCUCGGUGACGACCUCCAUGUUGCCGCCUCCGCCUCCGCCCGCUCCCUCGUCUCCGUUGGUGGUGAGGCGGAAGAGGAGGAGCGGACGCCGUACGAGCGGGUGCUGUACGGGCUGCACCAUGACCAGCGCUGGGUGAAGGAGGUGACCUUGGGGCGCCGCGUCGGCUUCUACCGCUUCAGAGGAGAGCUGGGCCAGGGCAACUUCUCCACCGUGCGCCUGGCCUUCCACCAGCUCACCCGAGACAAGGUCGCCGUGAAGGUCAUCGACAAAUCUAAAUUGGACCAGAAGACGCAGCGGAUGUUAGCGCGGGAGAUCUCCAACAUGGACGCCGUCGCCCACCCCAACAUUAUCAGACUGUUCGAAGUGGUGGAGACGCUCUCCAGGAUCCACCUGGUGCUGGAGUUCGCGCCCGGCGGAGAACUCUUCAACCGCGUGACGGCCGACGGCCGCCUGCCGGAGAACGACUCCGCUAAGGUCUUCACGCAGGUCCUCUCCGCCGUCACCUAUCUGCACGGGCUGGCUAUCAUCCACCGGGACAUCAAGGCUGAGAACGUCUUCGUAGCCAGGUCGGGUCUGGUCAAGCUGGGCGACUUCGGCUUCUCCACCCGCGUCACCAGCCUCCACCAGCAGCUGAGUACCUUCUGUGGCUCCCCGCCCUACGCCGCCCCCGAGCUCUAUAAGGACGAGUCGUAUGUGGGGCCAGCGGUCGAUAUUUGGGCCUUGGGAGUCCUGCUCUACUUCAUCUUAACUGCUGACAUGCCUUUCAAGGCAAACACGGUAGCUGGGUUGAAGCGGCACAUUUUGGCCGGAGCGUUUAUCACGCCGGAUCAUGUCUCCCCUGCAGCUACAGACCUCAUUGCUCGCCUCCUGGUGCAAGAGCCAAGUGAGAGGCCUGGUACUGACACUAUUGCCGCUCACACCUGGCUAGCAACAGCCCCCUCCCAACCCACGCCACUGCCGCUAUAUGUCUUGGCACCUACCCUAUCUGCUCAGGAUUCAGCUGAUGUAGAGGCAGAGGCUGUUUCAACACUUGAAAAGUGGGGAAUAUCACGAGAUGCCCUAGAGGAUGGGGCAAUCCUGGGUGCCCGCUCGCCAGCCCUGGCUACCUACCGCAUCCUCCUUCACCGCCUGAUGAACCGACCCAGCAGCCCCAGCAGGACGUCCAACAACAACUCCACUGAUACCCUAACCUGUUCGGCACCCACCUCCUCACCCUCUACUCCCAGCAAAAAUGCAUCACCUAGGAGACGGUUGCCCCGGCUGCCGAAGAAUGGACAUGCGAUUAAUACAACAUAUGGAGGAGUGAAAUCCCGUGCUUGCAUUAUUGUGUAGUGUGUUUUAGAGAGGACAUACUUCACCUAGGCAAUAGUUUGGUUUGGCAUGCCUCUCAUCUAUUACUCAUGUAAUGAAGGUAUCGUUUAUUAUUUGUUCAAUAACCACAUCAAUGUCAUAGAACUGAUGAUGGGCCUCUGCUGGGUCCUAUCAUAAAGUAGUCUUAUUGGGUUUAAUGAGAUUAACCAAUCAUAAUUACGUGGCUGUGUCAUUUAAGAUUAAUGCAAGCAUCCCUACAUUACGUUUAAUUUGAUCAAAUGCAGUACUGUACGUGCAUAAGGCCAGUAUGGUUCUUUUUGUGGUAUACACAUAUGCCAUUGUUAUUUUAAGAAAUAUUUCAUGUUUAUCAGUGCAAAGGCCAAAGAUACAUAAAUAUACCGAAGAGGUACACACACACACACACACUGACAAGGGGUUCUAGGAAGGCGGGACACCACGAACGUAGUUCUCAUCCUGUAACUACACUUAGGUAAUUACACACACCCCACCC